AUGUUUGUCUCAGCAGGAUUCUUGCCAGACAAGAAAGCAAACAGCAGACAUCGCCGCUAUCAGCUGCUGGCUUGUUUGGGGAUUCUUUGUGUCAUUUUGCUGUUGGGCCUCAUAGCCGUCUGUUACUUCCUUGCCAGAUUAAGUCGUGAUAUAACGGAGCUGAACCAGUUAAAAGAAAACCUGACAAACCUCAACUACAAACUCAGCUUAGACAAUGACAACUUCAGAAGGGAACGCAGCAAUCUGACAGUCCAGUUGGGCAACCUGACACAAAACUAUACUGUCUUAGAAAGCAAGAUCACAAACCUAACAACAGAGAACCAGCAGCUGAAGACAGAGAGGAACAACUUAACAGAACUAAUACAAACCAUGGAGACGAACCGGAAUGAGCUCAAAAUCAGCAGAGCUCAGUGGACCAUCGAUGCCUACUGCCCCAAAGAAACUAAUGGGAGACAGUGUAAAGCUUGUCUGAAGGGCUGGAAACACAACAAGGCCAGCUGCUAUGUGAUUCAUAACGCUGAUACGUCUGAUCAGAUAACCUGGGAACAAGCUCGAGAAAACUGUCGAGGAAGGAAUGCAGAUAUGGUUGUUGUACAAAAUCAACUGGAGAAGACCCUCAUCAAUGAUUACAGCUGGGGUAAACCUGAAGAGAGUGGAUACUGGAUCGGCCUGAGAGUUGAAGAAGGGAAGUGGAAGUGGAUCGAUGGAAGUGAUCUGACUCAAACCUCCUGGAUAGGAGCUCCUACUGAAGGCCACUGUGCCGUUUCUAUCCAGACCAUAGGAUGGACAUCAGAGAUGUGUGAGGAAAAGAAACGAUGGAUCUGCAAACAGGAAGCUUUAACUGUUUAAACACUGCAGUCAGACUUGAGAAGGUUACUGGAUACUCUGCAAAGAUUAUGAUCAUAUUGACCAGCUUAUAAAUAUCAAAUGUGUGUGUGUUUGUUUCUGUGUGCAUCUUCGUUAGAGAUGAUUCCAUGUUAUAUAUAUUAGCUUAUAGUGAAUGAGGGACAAACUUCCUCAAAGCUUCCUGUUUCUUCUUGUCACUUUUUAAAUUGCUGCCUCUGAUUGGCCAACAGAGGGCGCUGCAUCCACUCAACAGAAUGUUCAGAGCUGCUUUCCUCAUUAAUAUUUGUAAAGAAUGUAAAGAAUAUAUCAAUAUGUAGGAGUGACAGUAAUAUAUGACCAAUCUAUCUCGAAGCAAAUUCAUGUUUUAGUCUCUCGCAUUAAAUAAAAAUGCCGCCACA